AUGCGCCACCUACAGAAUAUUGGCAAGCCUAGGACCGAACCCGCCUAUUCACGACAGUGGCUUGCCGGAGGCAGCCAGAUGUUUUUCCUGGCGUUUUUUGCUCUCCCCCUAGCAUAUGUGCUGCUGCACCAGUCAUUUUGGAGUUCUGCAUGCAUGCAGCCGUUUACGGGCCUCAUGCCACUAGUAGGGGAACAGGCUACAGCCUUGGCUGGACUUCUGCUUCGCUGUCAUUCUGUAUUUCUUGGACUCGCCGCAGCCUUCGCUGGCUCAAUUUUGGCCGCAGCCUUUCAUGGCCUUUUCCAGCCUGGAGGAAAGACCAUGUCGGCUGCGUUGGCAGCCGCGGCUUCUCUUGCCUUCUGCGGAUCCAUUUUUUUCGACGUCCUUGCCGCCGCCGUUCCAUCAUCUGGCAUCAGCUGCACCUAUACCCCAUUCAUUGCAGAUAUGCGAAGCGGAUUCGUUGCUGUAAAGGGAUUUGCUAUGGCAUCAACUCUGUCACACCAACUGGGGCAGAUAUGCCUCAGUCUCAGUGCGACUACCGUCAAGCCUAGCGACGAUAGGGAAAUCACCGCAGACCAGCACGAGAAGCAGGAAGCAGACGCCUGUCGUGUUCCGGCAAAGUGA